AUGGCCAACUCCAAGAACCACACCAUGCACAACCAGUCUCGAAAAUGGCACAGAAAUGGCAUUAAGAAUCCUCGGUCACAGCGAUAUGAGUCUCUUAAAGGGGUGGGCCCCAAAUUCCUAAGGAACAUGCGUUUUGCCAAGAAGCACAAGAAGGGCCUUAAGAAGAUGCAGGCCAACAAUGCUAAGGCCAUGAGUGCCUGUGCCGAGGCCAUCAAGGCCCUGGUGAAGCCCAAGCAGGCCAGACCCAUGAUCACAAAGAACAGCCGCAAGCUCAGUGGACUUGCGUAUAUUGCUCACCCCAGGCUUGGGAAAAAUUCUCAUGCCCCAAUUGCCAAGGGUCUCAGGCUUUGCCGGCCAAAAACCAAGCUUGAAACCAAGGAUCCAACCAAGGCUAAAGCCAAGGCUCAAAUGAAGGCUAAAGCCAAGCCCCAGAGUAAGACCCGGAUGGCUGCAGCUCCAGCACUGGCUCAAGCUUCCAAAUGUGCCUAG